CGGAACCGGAACCCCCCUUCUCAUUCUUCUUUCCCCACCCGAACCCUCCCCCCUUUCCCGGGCCUGGGACUGGAGGGAGGGCCGAAGGUCCUGGAGCGGGGCCGGGCUCGGAAGCUGGGGGCUGGGGGAAUAUCCCCAGGGCAGCGCACCGCCGGAGGCCGGUGGAGCGGGGCGCAAUGGGCGGAGGUGAAGGAGGCCGCCCACGGGCGGAGGGAAAGCCGGCGUUCUCCGGAGCCCCCCACCCCCGGAGGAGCGCUGGGGCUGGGCAAGGGAGCAAGGCUGCCCGCGGCCUCAUCACUGCAGGGCCAGGGGGUCGGGGCGAGUGGGCAGCAGCAGCCGGGCUAAAGGAGCUACGGCGUUUGGGGGGGAGCGACCUCAAGGGACCCACACUGGUUGCUGCAGAUGACCCUGAGUCUUCUGGCCUCCCCCCCCACUUCCUUCCCUCCCCUGGGUCCCCCACUCUCCAUUUCAUCUGGCUCAUCAUGAAUGGUGCCCCUUCCCCUGAGGAUGGGACUUCCCCUUCUCUCCCCCCUCUGCCACCACCACUUCCACCACCUCCUCCCCCAAGUUGGCGGGAGUUCUGUGAAUCCCACGCUCGGGCCGCAGCCCUAGACUUUGCCCGACGCUUCCGCCUCUACUUGGCUUCCCAUCCCCAGUAUGCAGGGCCUGGGGCUGAGGCAGCCUUCUCCCGACGUUUUGCUGAGCUCUUCUUGCAGCACUUUGAGGCUGAGGUGGCCCGGGCCUCAGGUUCCCUUUUAUCAUCUGGUCCGAUCCCCCUGAGUCCCAGUACGGAAACCCCAUCACGUGAUCUUUCCCUGGAGAGCUGCAGGAACAGUGGGCCUCUGACUGUGUUGGGUCCUUCUCGAUCCUCUGAAGACCUGGCUGGCCCUCUCCCUUCUUCAAUCUCUUCAUCCUCCUCAAAGCCUAAGCUGAAGAAACGUUUCUCCCUCCGCUCUGUGGGCCGAUCAGUGCGAGGCUCGGUCCGAGGGAUCUUGCAGUGGCGGGGAGCUGGUGAUCCCCCCUCUCCAGUGGGACCCUUGGAGACCUCUGCCUCUGGACCACCUGUCCUGGGUGGAAACAGCAACUCCAACUCCUCUGGUGGGGGUGGUAGCACCAAUGUGGGGCCAACUAGCGGUGGGGCAUCCCCUGGGGAAAGAUGGACACACCGCUUUGAGAGGCUGAGACUAAGUAGGGGAGGGGGACCCUUAAAGGAUGGGGCAGGGACAGUGCAAAGGGAGGGGCUACUGAGCUUCAUGGGAACAGAGGAGGCAGCUGUUGGUGGAGGAGAAGGUCGAGGGGGAGGAGGAACUGGAACCUCAUCUGGGGGUGGGGGACCACCAAGGUGGCAGAAGUGUCGCCUGCUGCUUCGGAGUGAGGGGGAAGGAGGAGGAAGUCGGCUGGAGUUCUAUAUCCCACCUAAGGCAUCCCGGCCCCGGAUCAACAUCCUGUGUUCUACCGUCACAGAUGUCCGGACGACCACAGCCCUGGAGAUGCCCGACAGGGAGAACACGUUUGUGGUUAAGGUGGAGGGUCCUAUGGAAUACAUCCUGGAGACAGCUGAUGCCCUGAGUAUGAAGGCCUGGGUGUCUGAUCUACAGGAUUGCCUGAGUCCAGGUCUGAUACCUACCCUUGGCACUUCAUUCCCUACUAGGGAGAACACAGACAGCCUGGACCUGUCCUGCCUCAACCACUCAGAGAGUCUGCCCAGCCAAGAGCUGCCCUUGGGACCCAGUGAGAGCAAUGAGCAUCUGUCUCAGGGGGCGUAUGGGGGCCUCUCGGAUCGUCCCUCAGCUUCUGUCUCCCCCAGCUCUGCCUCCAUUGCUGCCUCCCAUUUUGAUUCAAUGGAACUACUGCCCCCAGAGUUGCCCCCCCGAGUCCCUAUUGAAGAGGGGCCCCCAGUGGGGACAACUUACCCCCUCCCAGCCCCUUACCCUCCUCCGGACACUCCAGACACCACAGGUUCGUUCCUGUUCCAGGGGGAAUCAGAUGGAGGUGAUGGGGACCAUCCCCUUUCAGAGUACCCUUGGUUCCAUGGGACCCUUUCCCGACUCAAAGCUGCCCAGCUAGUGUUGGCAGGGGGUGCUGGCAGCCAUGGUGUCUUCCUGGUACGUCAAAGCGAGACAAGGAGGGGGGAGUAUGUCCUCACGUUCAACUUCCAGGGCAAGGCCAAGCACCUUCGUCUGUCCCUGAAUGAGGAUGGUCAGUGCCGGGUGCAGCACCUCUGGUUCCAGACGGUCUUUGACAUGCUGGAGCAUUUCCGGGUCCACCCCAUUCCCUUGGAGUCUGGGGGCUCCAGUGAUGUUACCCUCGUCAGCUAUGUUGUGGCCUCUCAGAGGCUACAAGGCAGGGAACGGGCAGGGAGCCGAGCUGGGGUGUGUGAGGGAGAUCGCUGCUACCCCGACGCCUCUUCCACCCUCAUGCCCAUCGGAGCGAGUGACUGUGUAACAGAACAUCUCCCAUGACCCAUCCCAAUCUCCUGAUCCCGAUCUGAGGGCAGACCCUGCACACCCUGGGGAAGAGGAGGAGAUGGUGGAGGCAUCAGAAGCUUCAGAGGAAGAGAAGGCAGGCAGUGGAGGGACCCCAGGAGAGCCGGGCCCUGUGGCUGAGCUUGAGGAGACCACAGCCCUAAACAGGGAGUCCUCAGGGCUAGAGGGGCCUGGUGGGGAGGUGGGAGUGACCCCUUUUGUGCAUUUCUUGCAGUUGCAGCCAGGGAAUGCCGGGGAGGAAGGGGUCUGCUCCAGAGCCAUCAAUAACCAGUACUCCUUCCUAUAAGGAUGAAUACCCCCACACAACCAAUUCCCCCUUUCUCCCUGGCCCUGGGCCAGGACCCGUGACAGAUCCUCCUCAGAGAGGUACAAAUGCUUCCCUUGCCCCUAUUUGUCUAGGGGGUAGGAAUAGUACAGGACAGAGGGACAGAGCCAUUAGUAACUUCCCAGAGGACACACUCCAAGCUGCCCCUUUCCCUGGGCAGGGGACUUGGAUCCGUUACCUCCUUUUGGGGGUGGGCCAAUUGUGCUCAGCCUCGCCCCCUGUGGGCCAUUUCUCCAAUACCUCUCACAGCUCUCUGUGAUGUAUUGGGGAGAGGCUGUAUCAGCUACAUUAAGGAUUUUUUUUUUAAGUGAAAUGGAGAAACAAAUAAAAAGGUUUAUCUCA